UACAGAUUCAUCAUGUCCAUCAUUGAGAAGUAUUAUUGUUGCAGCAGUAAAAGUUUUCUCGUAAACAGUCGUGGCAGACCGUAUAGAAAUCGAUUCUUGCCCUCGUAUCUCAGAAAUUCUGAACGGAUCGUCCGUCUCCCCGGCCGUCCACAAAACCGAUACACGCAAACGGCUCCCUUCGUCUGCAUUCAUCCCAACAUCGGGCACAAGAAUGUGAACCGAAUUAUGUCCCGGUACGUGGAACACCAGAAGAAAGCCUGCGUUCAGGACGAAGACGGUAAUUUCUGGUUCCGAGGGUCACUGGCGGCUGAGAGGGAGAGGAAUUCUUCUAGCACUGAUUCUGGCCUUAGCGAAACCAGUACCGACGAAGGAUCUCAAUUCCUUGUGCGGAAAUCCAGCAAGGAUCGAGAUGGUGCUGGGAGUCCAGAUUUGGCCGAUUUGGGUCUUUAUUCGAACAGCGAUGAAAUGGUUGACUUUGAUGACGAGCUAUUUGACAAGUUGUCCACGUUUAAAAUUGCGGAUAGGAAAUUUUGUCGAAAACUUCCACAGAUUCGUAAAUGUGAAUUUAAAAAUUGGAAUGUUGAUUCGGUUUUCGGAAUGUUAUUUUAGUCAGUAAUUUUUACACAUGUGGCGAAUUGAAAUAAUAUCGUGUACCGAGUCGGUACUACCGACUUUAAUGAAUUGAUUAUUAUUUUACGAUUCAAUAUAGUGCAAAAUCUGUAUACAUUUUUCGAUCAAUUAUUUUACCAAACUUUCGACUGAUUUAUACCUAUUAUGAUCCUAAUAUUUUUAUUUAAAGCUUCCAUUUGUUUUUUGAAAUAUAUUGUAUGUACUAUAUGGGCUGACCAGACUACUCAUUAAUAGAGAUAGCCAGGCCAGCGGCGGUAGCACAUUAAAGGCAAAUUGCCGUUUUUGAAAUAAA